AAAUGUUGUGUUUUGAUUAAUGGCGUCAGCAGAGGACACUAAUGAUAUAAAUGGAGAAAAGUUUAGUUUCGAAUAAUUUUAUCUAAAGUUGAAACAAUUUCUAAGUUCUAGUCAUUUAUGAUUUAAGUAUUUGAGCUACAUAUGGGACAUUUAAUUUUUGGGGGAUUUGUGUUUAUUUUAUUAUGGUAAAAGUACCAAUCUUUGUAGCUUCUUAGUCCAAUAUUUUUAGUGGCGUAGCUGCUUAUACUUGUAAGUUGUAUAUAAAUUAUAAUUUUUGUCAAAGGUUUAGUAAAAGAAAUAAAUGCCUUUGGCUUUAGUUUUAGGAACCGCAACAAAUGUAGGCUGUUGUAUAAGUGCCUGUAAAAUGAAUUUGAAAUUGAAUGGCAGAACUCUAACUCUAAGCAAAAAACUGUCAGUGUCACUUAGUUCUUUGGUAUGUUUUCCUAACAUUAGAUACAGUCAUCGCAAUAAGUCAUUUAAUGCGUCCAAAUUUUUACUAACAGAGCUGCCAGAGUUAGGUUUAUGUCGGAAAUUUCAUCAGAAUCGAAGCUCGGAAAAUAUUAGUAAUACUAAGUUGUUUUACAUUCAAAAUCCAUUCAAAUGGCUGAGUACAAGAUUGGAUGUACUUUUAUUACAAGCUCAGUGGGACCCACAUUUUUCUUUGAAUGAUUUUAUGAGAGGAGCAAAACAGUUUUUAGAUGCAUCAGAAGUCAGGUUCUUUGUGUUAACAACUCAUAAGGCUGUUUGUACUGUCUUGACAUACGUAGUACAUAAUGAAAAUGAAGAAUUGAUAGGGCUUAUAGAGCCAAAGGCACUGCAAGAUUUAAUUAAUGAUAUUUCCUUGAAGUUUGAACAUAAAAGAGGAGAUUCUCUUAUUCUUCAUCCAGAUGAUAUUAAAGUUUCUGCAGUCCAAAAUGUUCGUCUUCAGACCAUUGCUGAGAAAAAAUAUUGUGACAUUGAUGUGGGAAUAGUUGCUUUGAAGGAAAAAGAAAAAGUCUGGACUGAAGCUGGACUUCAUAUUUUGAUGUUAGAAAUAUUAGCCAGGUUUUACAGAGACUAUACUGAAGGAACUUUGCCUAACUGGACUAUUUCCAAACUAGAAAUAAAAAAAUGUACUCCACUGGUUUCAAAGAGCAACUGAAUGGGCACUUUUGAUCUUAUGUUUGAGAACUGAAAUAUGAUUUGAGCUUCUAAGAUACAAGCUAUGUGAGAAGCGACAAUGAAAACCGGAAUAUAAUUAACGUUUUUCUCCUGACGUUUAAUAUUGUCAUACAUUAAAUGAAAGAUGUAAACAAGUAUUAGGUAUUUACCUUAUCAUACAUUGCAAUGUUUUUAAAGUUUUAAAUGUUAUAUUAUAAACAAGUUAUUUAUAUAAAAGACCCAGAUUUUAUUAAGGAGUACCUACAUUCAUUCAUGACAAAAAAACAAAAACAAAUAAGAAACAAUGAAGAUUAAUUCAGUAUAGGUCACAAUUCUAAUGGAUUUUUAAAAAAGUAAUUUAAACGAUCUCAGUUUUUGAAAUGGAAAAAAAGAGGAAGAUUUUAUUCUAUACAUGGGUAAUUGUCACAAAUGAAUAGAACAUUGGAAACAAAAUUUUACAUUUCUAAUAUUGUUAACAACACAUGUGCAUCACAUACCUUUUUUUUUAUUAACUUGCCAAAAUAACUUCUGGGCAGAGAUGAGAAAUUAACAAUGUAUUUAACCAUCCUUUUACAAAGUGUAACCAAUAGUAUACAGGCUUAUAUAAACAAGUAAAGUAAUUCAUUUGUACAUAAAAGGAGGUUCUAGAUGGCUUGGAUAUUUAUAGCCGGAAUCUUUCUUUGAAAUGUCUGCUGUUGAAAAGGUAACUAGACAUAGCAUGUAAUGUGUAAAUGUAUACACAUAGAUAAGUGAAAAAUAUGUACAAUGUUUGAAUUUAUUUUAUUAAAAUUGAGGGACUUGCAAGUUCCAAUUAUAACUGUGUAAAUAUCUAUUAGUAAAGAAGUGAAUAUUUUGUUUGCUAUUAAAUUUACAGAAUUUGUUCACCAAACAGA